UACACUCAGUUGAGUUGGUAGGGUUGGCGGAGGAACAACAGAAACAUAACCAAGUUAUAGUAAUUGCUUUUCUCCGUGAAACUCAUUAAAAUGAAGUGAUAACUACUCGAUUAUACUCGCAACAAUAGCAUAAACCAACUAAUAAGUUAAUAAGUUGUUAUUCUUUUAACAAAAUGGUUGUGUGCCCGGCUGAUCACGGCUUACAAGCCGACGUAAUUUUCGUCAUCGAAGCAACAGCUAUAAAUGGAGCAUACAUAAACGAUUUGAAGACGAACUACAUUCUACCAUCCCUAGAAUACUUUAGCCAGGGAAAUAUUGAUGAUAUUAACUAUAUCUCUGAGAAUGCAAAUUGUUUGUAUGGUAUUGUAGUUUACCAUGCAGCAGAUUGUUUGCCAAGUCCUAGCAGUGACACAAUUGGCCCAUAUUCAAGUCCAAGUAAAUUACUGAAUGCACUUGAUAAACUUGAAUUGAUUGGGGGUAAAGGUGAAUCCCAUGCAAAUAUCGGCGAAGGUCUAGCCACAGCUUUAAAUUGUUUUGAAGAGUUGGGUCAGAAAAGAGAUGCUGCUAGUAAUGCAUCUGUGCAGAAACAUUGUAUCUUGGUUUGUCACUCGCCGCCAUAUUUGAUUCCAGUUUUGGAGUCACAUAAUUAUUCUGGGAAGAAUACUGAACAACUUGCAGGAGUUUUACAGGAAAAUGGGAUUAAUUUAUCAAUUAUUUCCCCAAGAAAAAUUCCAUCCUUGUAUAAACUCUUUGAAAAAGCCGGUGGUGAUCUCUCAAUCUCGCAAACUAAAAAUUAUGCGAAAGAUCCACGACAUUUGGUACUUCUUAAAGGUUUCUCGCUUAAAGAAAGACCCUUGACUCCACCGAGUGGCCCUGUUACUUCAUCUCAAAACCAACUUCCUAGCAGCAAUCCUAUACAAAUCGGUUCAUUGCCAAGUCCGAUUGCAAACAAUGAUUCUCCUAUUCCUGGUGGUCAACAAGGUGUUAAUCCUAACAUGAUGGGUCAAAAUCCUAACGCUGGACCUAAUCAAGUUGGGCCGAAUAAUGUCUUCCGCCCGAACAAUCCGCAAGGCAUUACAUCGCUGCAGCAACAAAAUCAACAACAGCAGAAUAUACUAAUGAAUCAAGUACGCGGUGGACUGAUGGGCAACCAGCAGUUCCAAAACACGCAAAUGCAAGCACCGCCUGGUUAUCAACAGACUAUUUCCAUGGGUGGUAUGGGUGGAAAUCGUCCGCAACGUGGAUGGAUGAUGCCGCCACAACAACCGCAACGGCCACCAUUCAUGCAGAAUCAACCUCAAGGGGGACAGAGUCAGGGGAGUGCUUUGAUUGCGCAACUUACACAACCGCCGAAUUCUAUGCCUAAUACGGUUAAUCAAUUUAACUCAUUGGGUAAUAACGUAGCGAUGUCUCCUCAACAACAACACCCGAACAACCAACAACAGCAAAUUCGUAUGGGUUUACUCACGCCGCAACAACAGCAACAACAGUUGAAUCAACAGCAACAAUUGAAUCAACAACAGCAGUUGAAUCAGCAGCAACAGCUUGCGCAACAACAGCUAAACCAACAGCAGCAGAAUAUGCAACAACAACAGCAAAAUUUACAGCAACAACAGCAGCAACAGCAACAAGCCCAACAACAACAACAACAGCAAAAUAUACAAACCUCUAUGUCCAAUGUAAAUCAACAAGGCGUGAAUGUGAACCAAGGUGUUCCGCCUAAUGUAAUGCCUAAUGUGAGUAACGUAGGUCCAGGGACCAUGCAACAAUCCAUGCCUAUUCAACAGCAAGCCCAGGGUAAUCAACCGAUUACUUCACAAGCACAGCCUGGUACUGGGGGUAGGCAAACAAUCUGGCAGGGUGUUUUGGAAUGGAUUGAAAAACCAAAGGUUUUGCCGGAUUCGCAAAAGAUUACUAAACAAGUGCAAUGCUCUGUUUCGGCUGGCGUUAAAGAUGGCGAAUUGGAGUUGAAGGCUGAUGGAUGGCCACACAAGUUGAUUAUGCAAUUGAUGCCUAAGCAACUUAUUGGAAAUAUUGGUGGAGCGUAUUUGAAGAAUUCGAAAUCGGUGUUUUUUCAUCCAUUGCCAUGUGAGGCUUUGGAUUCUUUGACGAAAGUUAUGAGUACUGGUUUUGCUGGUUGUGUACACUUUACAGGCGCAAACAACCAAUCCGUUUGUGAUAUUAAAGUCUUGAUUCUUCUCUACACCGCUGAGAAACGCGCAUAUUUAGGUUUCAUUCCUAACGAUCAAGUUGCGUUUGUUGAUCGUCUUCGAAAAGUAAUCCAGCAACAAAAAUCCACGCAAAUUAUGCGUCGUGUUGAUCAGACGCAAGGCAUGAAUCCUGGUCAACCUGGGCCUGGAAUUGGUUGUCCUACACAAAUGCCAAAUACUUCCACUCCGCAAUCAGCGAGUCAACCAAUGAUGAUGGUGCAAAAGAACACGAUGACCAUGGGAGGUGGUCAACUCACACAGAAUGUGGUUACUUCCAGUAGUCAACCACAACCGAAUAUUCCUGGUCCCGGUGGGAUGAUGAACCCGAAUAUGCCUGGUGGGAUGCGGUUGAGGAUGCCGAUCCCGAAUCAAGCACAGCAACAAGCUCCUCCUAAUCAAACUAUGGCGGGUGGGAGUCAACAAGGUGGUAUGAUGGGUGGGCCUAAUCGGCCACAGCAAGGGUAUAAUCAACUUGAGGCGGAGCGACAGGUUAAUCUGGAUAAGAUUAAUCAGUUGAAGCAAACGCUGGAAGUUGCGCAACAACAGGAGCAACAGUAUAAGAAUCAACUCGAGAGGAUUUCCCAUAUGAAGACGCAACAGUUACAGGAGGCGUUGCAUGUUGCUCAGCAACAAGAGAUGCAAUAUAAGUUGCUUGAUCAACAACGUAUGAAAACUGUUAUACCAACGCCGAAUUGUAUACAACCUCAAAGAAUGAUGUUAUCGGGACCUGGCGGACCACAAGUCCUACCAAACAAUCCAGGAUUGAGGACGUUGCUACAACAACAGCCACAAUAUCGUCAACAGAUGAUGGCUGGGCAGAUGCAUCCGAACAUGGGUGGUAAUAUGCAACAUGGCGGACCGCGACCAACGAUGGAUCAACAAAUGGGACAAGGGCAAGGAAAUAAUCAGGUGAACUUCGAUGAAGUUUCAAACUUUGAUUAUUUCACCAAUAAUUAAGCAUUAUUUUAACGUAAUUUAUAUACAUAUAUACAAGCGAUAAACGUAUUAAUGUCUAAA